GCGCACAAGCAUACAAAUCGAGUCGUCCCUAAUUUUGAAAGGCGAUAAAGAAGUGGGAAAUAAAUCGGUCGGGCGGAGGAGGAGAAAUGGUUAGUUCCACCAAAGAGAAAAACGUGUCUUCAUCUUGUAGCGGCAAGAGCGAAAACUCGUCGGGUGACUCAAAACCUAGUCUCUACUUUGAAGCCGAAAAGGUUCUCGCUUAUCAUGGCCCUCGCAUCUACGAAGCCAAGGUCCAAAGAGCAGAGCUACGAAAGAACGAAUGGAGAUACUUUGUUCAUUACCUUGGCUGGAACAAAAAUUGGGACGAAUGGGUAGGCGCUGACCGCUUGAUGAAGCUCACGGAAGACAACGUCUUGAAGCAGCAGGCCCUGGACAAGAAGCAGGGCAUGGAAAAAAGUACUAAAUCUGGACGUUCAGCGCAGGCAAAACCAAAAAGCUCAGCUGAUGUUAAACUGGAUAAAGAAGACACUAAGAGCAAUGUUCCAAAAGGGAAAAAGCGCAAAGCUGACUCAGGCACUGAGAAGGGCAAUGUAUCUGCAGAGAAAGUUGUGAAGAUUCAGAUUCAGAUUCCAUCUACUUUGAAGAAGCAACUGGUUGAUGAUUGGGAGUUCAUCACGCAGCAGAAUAAGCUGGUGAAGCUCCCACGAUCUCCCACUGUGGAUGAUAUAUUGACUAAGUACCUUGAAUACCGAUCCAAAAAGGACGGGAUGAUGACUGAUUCAGUUGGGGAGAUACUGAAUGGAAUUCGAUGCUAUUUUGACAAAGCACUGCCUGUUAUUUUAUUGUACAAGAAGGAGCGCCAACAGUAUCAUGAAGCAGUUCCAGAUAAAGUCUCUCCAUCUAGUGUAUAUGGCGCUGAACAUCUCUUGCGUCUUUUUGUGAAAUUGCCUGAGGUACUUGCAUAUGUAAAAAUUGAAGACGAGACAUUGGUUUGCUUGCAGCAGAAAUUGCUAGACUUUCUCAAGUUUUUGCAGAAAAACCAGGGUACGUUCUUCCUGUCUGCUUAUGAUGGUCCUAAAGCCUCUAUAGGAAGCUGUAAGGACAAAGAGAGUUGAUCAGUCUACCAAUUUAGCCAUUGCCAGAAUGAGUCGCAUCAGAAGCAUUGAUAGUAUUUCUUGAACAUAAUGCUUACAGGCGAUGGCCGGCAAUUAUAGGCAAACUGUUUGUUGUUGUGUGUGGUGGUCUGUAACAGUAGAACCAUUCAUUUUCAACUUAUAUAAUAGCCAGGUGAUAACUUGAGAGUCCUCCUUGUAACUAUAGUUUAUUGGUUGUUAAAUUGUAUGCACCUGUAGAGUUGAGUGCCAGAAAAACUGUAGAUGAUCGCUUGUAGUUCGGUUACAAUUUGUAGUAGCCAAUGUACCAUUUAGCUUUACCAUAGCGUAGGUACAGGAAGUGUUUUAUUGUUAUUUAUAUUGGAGUUUUAACUUGACAUUAA